GUCGACCAAGCAUGACCAAGCCCUGCUGGUAGAAUCAGACAGAGAUGACAAAGCAAAGCAAAGCGAACAGAAGAACUCUGAGGACGAAGAAGAUGAGGAGGGUGGAGGCGAUGAGACGGAGCAUGAGGAUGAAGAAGAGUGUUCAGAAAAUGAAAAAGAUGAAGAUGAACAGCACUGCGAAGAGGAGGACGAAGGAGAGGAGGACGAAGGAGAGGAGGACGAAGGAGAGGAGGACACACAUGUGAAGGCCAAGAACAGGGAUGAAGCAAAGGAAAGUCCAGCGGAAGAAACGAGUGAAAAUGAAGAACCACUGGUUCCGUCAGAGCAGGAGGAUGAGGAAAAUACUGCAAAGAAAGCACAUGCGCUAGAGGAAGAAGACAAUGAAGACGACGAGAACGUGCAAGAAGAGGAGGACGAGGCUGGGCAAGAAGAUGAAUGCAGAGAAGAAACAUGUGCAGCGAAGGACUCCGACACAGAAAAAGAAGAAGAUACGAAGAGGGAAGAGCAGGAAGAAGACGCAGGAGAUGAGGAGUCAGAGGAUGAAGAACCCGCUGCUGCUGCUGACAAGGAGGAAGAAGACAAAGAUGAAGGUGAAGAAGAUGCUGAGGAAGUUGAGUUGUCACAGACGGGCAAUGAAGAAAGGCAAGAUGAUGCAGAAGACAGUGAAGGUGACAACAUGGAAGAAGAGGAGGACGAGGCUGAGCAGGAAGAUGAAUGCAGAGAAAAAACAUGUGCAGCGAAGGACUCCGAAGCAGAAGACGAAGAAGAUACAAAGAGGGAAGAGCAGGAAGAAGACGCAGGAGAUGAGGAGUCAGAGGAUAAAGAAGAAGACAAAGAUGAAGGUGAAGAAGAUGCUGAGGAAGUUGAGUUGUCACAGACGGGCAAUGAAGAAAAGCAAGAUGAUGCAGAAGACAGUGAAGGUGACAACAUGGAAGAAGAGGAGGACGAGGCUGAGCAGGAAGAUGAAUGCAGAGAAAAAACAUGUGCAGCGAAGGACUCCGAAGCAGAAGACGAAGAAGAUACAAAGAGGGAAGAGCAGGAAGAAGACGCAGGAGAUGAGGAGUCAGAGGAUAAAGAAGAAGACAAAGAUGAAGGUGAAGAAGAUGCUGAGGAAGUUGAGUUGUCACAGACGGGCAAUGAAGAAAAGCAAGAUGAUGCAGAAGACAGUGAAGGUGACAACAUGGAGGAAGAGGAGGACGAGGCUGAGCAGGAAGAUGAAUGCAGAGAAAAAACAUGUGCAGCGAAGGACUCCGAAGCAGAAGAGGAAGAAGAUACAAAGAGGGAAGAGCAGGAAGAAGACGCAGGAGAUGAGGAGUCAGAGGAUGAAGAAGGAGCAGAGGCAAGUGGGGAGGAGGCUGAGGUGACAAGGGAUGGGUUCGAACCUGAGGGAGAGGACGAAGUGGAAUGCAUAGAAAUUCACAAGAAAUGCCAACAGCUCCUUAAUCAAAUGAACGCUGAAGAAGAACUGAAGGCCGAAGAAAUGUUUGAACUUCUUCUUGACUCAUCACCAGUGCCAAAUGAUGAGGCUGAGGAGAGCUACUUCGAGGAGAAUGGACAAACCUCCAUAUGCGAAGAAGACACCGAGGAGGAGGCAAAGGAGGAAGAGAGUGAUGAAAAUGAUGAGCACAAAGAAAUGGAACAAGAGGAAAGCAACGCUACCAAGAAACGACCAUUGCAGAAAGGUGAGGCAAAGGAAAAGCCUGGCAGCGCAAAGAAGACAAAGACCGAAGACAAUGAGGAUGCAGGCAGUGAGGAAGAACCACACUCUCCAAAGUCUACAGGGUCACUUUCUCUUUCGCUUUCAGAAGCAUCGUCUUCAUCAAGUUCAACAAGCAGUGAUGAUGACAGUGACAGUGAUGAGAUGGAAGGUGAGAAGGAAGGGAGUGAGCAUGAUGAAGAAGGAGGCGAAGAUCAACAGAAGGAUGACAGUGAGGUGACCAUGGGAAAAGGAGAAAAGAAUCCAGAGGAGGCGGAUGAGACAGGGCUUCGAAAGCAAUAUCCCAAAACCAAUUUGAAGAGAUGGUCCAAAACAAGAUGGUCUACCCCUAUUCCCAACAAUGGACAAUGGUCUUAUGAAGUUCGUUUGGCUGACUUUCUCAACAAAAAGCAAAGCACGAUCCCUGACCUGUGCAAAGCUCGUGAAGCGGAUGAUGCAGUUCCAGUGUUUGUGGAACGGCCCAUGCGUCGCAUUCGCAAGAAGCAUUCAGGACUCCCAGUGCUUCCAGAAGCCGGUGCUGGUCCCAAGGCCACCUCUGCACACACCAGCUCUGUGGGAAAGCAGGAUGGCAGCAAAGUUGCUGAAGUUGUGUUCGAGGACUUCAUGGCCUACAAUGAUUCAAAGUAUGCUGACGGCUGGGUUGUAGAGAUCCGGCGAAGACUCAGUGGAAAACACGAGGGGGAUGUCUACAUGGUCUACAUCACACCCCAAGGCCGAAAGAAAUACGUACUGAGAACAUGUGAAAACGCAGCCAAUGACUCUUUCCUGCCUUGUGUUGUGGUGGACGUAGAAGUUUGUGCUGGAGAAGGAAAUCUUUCGAGAUCUCUACAGCGGUGUGGAUACAAAGUGAAAGCUUUUGACGCAACUUGGACUUACAACUUAACUUUUACCUGGCAUGCAGUUGUGCGCUACAGCUACCAUGGUCACCUGCUCUCUGUGCGCACGCACAAGGUCGCGCCAUACAACCGGGCGGUCAUGGUGGGAUCCAGCUGGAGGCUCUGGGGGGCCUUACCAGCGAUGGCGACGUUGAAGAGACCGAUCUCGAUCAAACAGCUCAGGGAGGCCUUGGCAAGGACUGACUACCAAGCUUUGCAGUGCAUUUGCAAAGAUUGCCAAUGUGACGAAACCAGUAGCCGCAAGUUGACUGCAAAAGACUUGGAAAAACUACGUGCUCUCAAGGCAAAGGUGAUUCCCAGCAAGGGCAUCAAGGAGUUCGAAGAGAAGAACAUAGGGAAAGCUUUGAGGACUGAUGCAGACAAAAAAGAAAAGGUUAAAGACAAGAAGACCGUUGCAGAACAAGCAAAGAGAUGCAGCACAGCCCUGACUGACGAAAGGCCUGGAAAGGUUCAGAAGAAGACUGGCCAGGACCAGUCUAAAGGAACCUGCCCAGGCACAAACCAUGCAGCAAAAAAGAAGACUGAGGAGAAAGGACAAGCUGCACCGAGCAAGGCUUCAAAGACGGCUGCAUCUAAGGAGGCAGAAGAGAAGGACGAGAAAAAGGAAGGCAAGGUGAAGGAUAAGGCAAAGCAGAAGGAGAAGCAGAGCAACCCUGCCCCUGAGGAGAAGACAAGUGAAGCUGCACCGAGCAAGGCUUCAAAGAAGACUGCACCUGCGGAGGAAAAACACAAGGACGAGAAGAAGGAAGGCAAGGCGAAGGAUAAGGCAAAGCAGAAGGAGAAGCAGAGCAAACCUACCACUGAGGAGAAGACACCAGAAGCUGCACCGACCAAGGCUGCAAAGAAGGUCGCAAUCGCAGAGGCACAAGGCAAGAACGAGAAGAAGGAAGGCAAUGCAAAUGAUAAGGCAAAGCAAAAGGAGAAGCAGAGCAAGCCUGCCCCUGAGGAGAAGACAAGUGAAGCUGCACCGAGCAAGGCUUCAAAGAAGACUGCACCUACGGAGGAAGAAGACAAGGACGAGAAGAAGGAAGGCAAGGUGAAGGAUAAGGCAAAGCAGAAGGAGAAGCAGAGCAACCCUGCCCCUGAGGAGAAGACAAGUCAAGCUGCACCGAGCAAGGCUUCAAAGAAGACUGCACCUAUGGAGGAAGAAGACAAGGACGAGAAGAAGGAAGGCAAGGUGAAGGAUAAGGCAAAGCAGAAGGAGAAGCAGAGCAAACCGGCCCCUGAGGAGAAGACAAGCGAAGCUGCACCAAGCAAGGCUUCAAAGAAGACUGCACCUACGGAGGAAGAAGACAAGGACGAGAAGAAGGAAGGCAAGGCGAAGGAUAAGGCAAAGCAGAAGGAGAAGCAGAGCAAACCGGCCCCUGAGGAGAAGACAAGUGAAGCUGCACCGAGCAAGGCUUCAAAGAAGACUGCACCUACGGAGGAAGAAGGCAAGGACGAGAAGAAGGAAGGCAAGGCGAAGGAUAAGGCAAAGCAGAAGGAGAAGCAGAGCAAACCGGCCCCUGAGGAGAAGACAAGUGAAGCUGCACCGAGCAAGGCUUCAAAGAAGACUGCACCUACGGAGGAAGAAGACAAGGAUGAGAAGAAGGAAGGCAAGGCGAAGGAUAAGGCAAAGCAGAAGGAGAAGCAGAGCAACCCUGCCCCUGAGGAGAAGACAAGUGAAGCUGCACCGAGCAAGGCUUCAAAGAAGACUGCACCUAUGCAGGAAGAAGACAAGGACGAGAAGAAGGAAGGCAAGGUGAAGGAUAAGGCAAAGCAGAAGGAGAAGCAGAGCAAGCCUGCCCCUGAGGAGAAGACAAGUCAAGCUGCACCGAGCAAGGCUUCAAAGAAGACUGCACCUACGGAGGAAGAAGACAAGGACGAGAAGAAGGAAGGCAAGGUGAAGGAUAAGGCAAAGCAGAAGGAGAAGCAGAGCAACCCUGCCCCUGAGGAGAAGACAAGUCAAGCUGCACCGAGCAAGGCUUCAAAGAAGACUGCACCUAUGGAGGAAGAAGACAAGGAUGAGAAGAAGGAAGGCAAGAAGGAGACAAAGAAGAGCGAGCAUCAACUGGUGCCCGUGUCGAAAGUGGAGAAUUCACGGGGAAACAAAAGGGCAGCAAAUGCAGCACUUGAACCUGAGAAUGCACCCGACGGUUCCGAAAGGCCAGCCAAGAGAACAGCUGCUGCUCUGGAAGUUGCAAAGAACAAGCGAAAAGAACGGGAGGUGGAAGAGCAGGAUCGUUUGGCGAAACUUGAGAAAGUGGGCACGAUGGAAUCGUUUGAUUUGCUCAACUCACCUGUGCCUCGUUCGCUGUCCUUCAGCCAGGCUACACCAAGCACAAGUGGCAAAAAGCAGCGCAUGACGAAUCUGAGUGAUGAGCAAAAGUUAGAGCUGGCAGCUAUGACAAGUGCUUCAGACAUGGAGCCAGGAGAGCGGAAAAGGCAGUACUCUGCCUUGCGCAGGGCGAUAUACAAAGACGCAAGCCCAGCCCUGGUAGCUAAGUUCAGCCUCGCUACAGAUGGGGAGAGGCCUGGAAAUCCAGAGAUCGUUGAUGUGCAGUUGCUUGAUCCUUUCCUCGGGUGUGGCUCCGUGCAGGCACCAAACAAUCCCAAAGCGAAGAUGUUCAAGGUAUUGAAAGAAGUGAUCGAGGUUUCCCUAUCGGGAAGAGUCCGCGACGCGGCUGGCAAAGCCCUCCUUGCCAAGCAGCUAGGGGAUCUCAACACCAACGUGCCACAGUUUGACCUCAAGACUGGCGCAAUCAGAUCCAAGAAGGCCAAGAAAGAAAAGUCCCCAGUGGAACAGGUGGAUCCAGUAGAACUCUGUGAUUUCAUCAAUGGUGAAAAGGAUCUCCUAAAGGAGUGUGAUGCUGAUGUGAAAGACGCCAAACGGCGUAUCAAUGCUGUGAAACCCAAGCGAAGGCUAGCUGCGAUGUACCGCUAUGACUUUACGCUCUUCAAGGAAAAAUUCAUUGGGCCUGAUGGUGAAGCUGUGGUGCUGGCGAAGUGGCUGAAGAGUGUGACGCUUGCUGUGGCAUCCGGAGAUCCUACAAACGAACACGCCGCGCUCCGUGCUGCUGUCUUUGUGAAUGUGGUGGCUAUGCGAGGGUUCAUGUCGGACGCGGACAAUGGGCACAUCACAUUGUCUCCAAACAACCUGCUUGGUUUGCAAAGGGCGAAUUAUUUGUUUCACGCGGCCUUGAACAGCUACAUGGAUGCAAUCAAAACUUUGGCUGUGCAUUUGUGUGACUG